AGGACUGGUUGGAAAGAGGAGGAGGUGAAAGGGGAAGUCCUCUGUCAGAGCCGCAGUUGCGUGAAAUCUCCACACCCUUUCCUCUGAAACAACAGGGCUGAGCUGUGUUGUAGAAACUUCUGUGAGUUGGGACUGUCAAAAUGGCGAUGGUCUCUGAGUUUCUGGGGCAACUGUCCCUCAGUGUCGGGUCCCAUGAGCCUAAAUGCCCCACGGUUCUACCUGCUGUGGACUUUGACGCUGACAAGGAUGCUGCAAGGAUAGAGACCGCUAUCAAAACGAAAGGUGUUGACGAACAGACAAUCAUUGAUAUCCUAACAAAGCGGACCUACUCCCAGAGGAGGGACAUCGCGUUUGCUUAUGAACGGAGAGCGAAGAAGGACAUGAUCUCAGCCCUGAAGGGGGCGCUGUCUGGCUCCCUGGAAUCUGUCAUCCUUGGCCUGAUGAAGAGCACAUCCCAGUAUGACGCCUCAGAGAUCAGAGGUUCCAUCAAGGGACUGGGCACCGAUGAAGAAACACUGAUUGAGAUUCUGUGCUCACGCAGCAACUCUGAGCUGCAGGAGAUCAAGCAGGUCUACCAGGAGUUGUUCAAGAAGGAUUUAGAGAAAGACGUAGCAGGGGACACUUCUGGAAACUUUGCAAAGCUGCUGCUGGCAUUGGUGAAGACCAAGCGAGAGGAACCGUCCUCAGUAGUAGACUACGAAAAGAUUGAUCAAGAUGCCAAAAAACUCUACGACGCCGGCGUGAAGGUGAAAGGAACUGACGUGGCCACCUGGAUCUCCAUCAUGACGGAGAGGAGCGUCCCACACCUGCAAAGAGUGUUUCAGCGGUACAAGAGCUACAGCCCCUACGACAUGCAAGAGAGCAUCAUGAAGGAAGUUAAAGGAGACUUGCAGAAGUCCUUCCUGGUUCUAGUGCAAAGCUUUGAAAACAAACAGCUGUACUUUGCUAACAGACUGCAUGAUGCCAUGAAGAGUAAAGGAGCCAAAGAGAAGGUGGUGACCAGGAUCAUCGUUUCACGCUGUGAAGUGGACCUGAAGAAGAUCUGCACAGAAUACAAGGCCCAUCAUGGCCAGUCUCUUCAAAAGACCAUCAUGGAACACACCAAAGGAGACUAUCAGAAGGUUCUGUUGGGCCUCUGUGGACCAGAUGAGUAAAUUACCGAGGGUCAGCAUCACUUUCCACUAGUGGAGCAUGACCAUGAAUUGAUACCGAAGAACUGGAACAGAUUCCAGAUCAGUGAUUCCCAAGCCUGCUAGGAUAACUUAAAGACAAAAUGAAUAGAAACUGUAGUGACCAAAAAAUAUAUAUAUUUUUCGUGGAAGAUUGCAACUUUAUUAUAUUAUCUGAGGUUAAGCUCACUAUGAUACACUUUUUAAAAAACGUUGAUUUAGAUCUUUUUUUUUCACAUUUAUGGAAUUUCUGUCUAAAGUGCGGCCAUUUGCAUGAAUCUGCGGAAAAGAUUGGACACCUCUGGGUUAAAUGGAAGCAGGAAAUAACGACUUCAUUUUUUUUUUACAUUAAUAAUGAGCUAGUGUGCAUGAAAAAGAAGCUCUUUUUGACCACAUGAUGAUUUAUUACCAAGUCUAUUGCAUUACACAUCAGCAACAGAACCAAUGUUGUAAUAGUGUUGAGGAGCAAAGUGUUCUGCCAGCAAUAAUACUGCUGAUGAGUUCAAUGUAAACAAGAGGAGGGCAAGCAUAACACACGCGAGUUGCACAAAAACAGCUGAGUAGCACAACUAGCAUUUUAAAGCACACGCAGAGAUAAAGCUGCUGGAUGCUGACCACUCAUGAUAUUUCAAAUGCAGCUACAGCCAUCUUGUGGAGCUACUGUUUAGGCUGUUACCUACGCAAAGCUACAACUCAAUGCUGAAAACCAGACUUCACUUCCUGUCCGCCCGCCACUCAGCUCCCCUUGGGAAAACAUUUAUAGCAACACACACACGCAUCAUCCAUGCUUGUUACCAUUCAUGAUCCAGCUACUACAACUGAAAAAAGUACUAAAAAGUAAGACAGUACAGGUUAGAUAUUUAGCUAGUCUUUGCUAGAAAAGCAAAAAAAAAGCAUACAUAUUAUACUGAAAGAAAUUGAAAGAAAUCCCGUCCUCCUGUUGGUGGCAGCAUGCUGUCUCUUCCAUGACGUCUUGCGAUGAUACGCCACAUUCUUCCUCUCCUCACAACAUGUUUCCCAUGUGACACUUAACCUUUGGAGAUUUCCAAUCCCGCCUGCUUGGUUCAUGUUAAUUAACCCUCAAGACCCAUCAGAGAGGCACUGACGUGUCAAUUGAGAUGAUUCUUUAUGGCCCACAAGCCACGUGACUGUGCGUGCGAUGCCAAGUAGGAGAAGAGGAAGACUGCAGAUGGCUGCUAGUGUUUGGGGUUUGUGUCGCUGUCAACGUUAUGUCCUUCUCGCUGAGAAGAAGUUGGCCGCCACAGCCUGACCUCCCUCAGGUGGCCAUGCAUAUGCAAAUGAAUUCAAAAAUAGAACACAGACGACAGCUCAAAAACAGCUAAAAGGUUUUUUUUUAGGGUCUCUUCUUCUCAUUCUUUUUGGAGAAACGGCCUUUCUGUGGGCUUGAAAUAGACAAAAGCACAUUUCCUGCUGAAAAGAAAUACCGAUGGCAGCAAUAUUAACUGAGCCUGAAGGAAAACAAAUGUGAUUCAUUGAGUUCAGCCUUUCACUGCUUGGGAAUCGUCUACUGCAGGGGUGUCCAAAGUG